AUGCCCAUCGAGCCUCUCGAUCUCAUAGUAGAAGAAGAACAUCCCAAGGUCCGCACAAGGCUGCGUCUUUAUGCCAUCUUAUCAGCUCUCUAUUCCUGUACAUUCCAGCUCGCCCUCUUCAUAGCCGCCCUCGACCAGACCAUCGUAGCCAUCUCCAUCCCCACCAUCUGCGCCGACCUGCACUCGGCCUCAGGCUAUGUCUGGAUAGGCGGCGCCUACCUCCUGGCCAAUGCCGCCACAGGACCCAUCUGGGCCAAAUGCAGCGACAUCUGGGGCCGCAAGCCCGUGCUCCUCCUGGCGGUGCUCCUCUUCGCCGCCGCCAGCAUGAUCGCGGCCCUGAGCACCACCAUGGCCAUGCUGAUUGUCGCCCGUGCCCUGCAGGGGGUGGCCAGCGGGGGUUUGAUGCAGCUGGUGACCAUCACCAUCUCGGACCUCUUCAGCGUGCGCAAGCGGUCGCUGUACCUGGGCUUCAUCGGCUUCGUGUGGGCGCUGGCGGGCUCCUCGGGCCCGCUGAUCGGCGGCGCCUUCACCCAGUUCAGGAGCUGGCGGUGGUGUUUCUGGAUCAACCUGCCCAUCUCGGGCGUCACGCUGGUCCUGCUGCUCCUGUUCCUGGACGUGCACAACCCGCGCACCAAGCUGGGCGACGGCGUCCGGGCCGUGGACUGGCUGGGGACCCUCUCGAUCCUGGCCGUGACCCUGUUGCUCUUCGUCGGGCUGGACUUUGGCGGCGCCAUCUUCCCCUGGAACAGCCCCAAGGUCGUCUGCCUGCUGGUGUUUGGCACCCUGAUGAUCGGCUUCUUCCUGUUCAGCGAGCAGCGCCUGGCCAGGUACCCGCUCAUGCCGCUCGCCGUGUUCAGGAGCUGGUCCAACAACGCCAUCUUCCUCGUCGCCUUCCUGCACGGCAUGGUCAUCCUCGGCUACGAGUACUACCUCCCUCUGUACCUCCAGAGCGUGAAGCAGGCCUCGCCUCUGCACAGCGGCCUUCUCAUCCUCCCCCUGGUCGUCACGCAGGCCACGUUCGAGAUCGUCGCCGGCGUCAUCAUCCACCGCACAGGCCGCUACAGGGAGACCAUCUGGACGGGCGUCACCAUCAUGACCAUCGGGUCAGGGCUGUAUAUCACCUUCGGCGUCGACACGUCCGUGGCCCAGAUCCUCGGGCUGGAGAUCAUGGGCGGCCUGGGCCCUGCGCUGCUGUUCCAGGGCCCCAUGGUCGCGAUCCAGACCACGGUCAGCCAGAGCGACACGGCCGCGGCCACAGCGUCGCUGGGGUUCAUACGGAGCCUUGCCAUGGCGCUGUCUGUCGUGGUCGGCGGCGUGGUCUUCCAGAACAGCAUGGACGCGCAGCAGGCGUCUCUUGCCGCGGCUGGGGUCAGCGAGUCGGUCCUCGAGGCGCUGUCCGGGAGCCAGGCGGCCGCCAACGUCGACAUCACGCAGUCGAUCCAGGAUCCCUCGCAGCGGGCGGCGGUCCUGGAGGCUUUUGCCUCGAGUAUGCGCAAUAUGUUUAUCAUGUACACCUGCUUGGCCGCUCUUGCUAUGGUGGCCAGCACGAUGAUCAAGCACCGGAAGCUGAAUACCGAGCACACCGAGACCAAGACGGGGAUACAACAGUUGACCAAGGUGGCGAGGAGGAGGAGAAGUGAGCAGUAG